AGCCCCCUCUCUGGCACGUGACUCGCUUGGGCCGCGCGGUAGAAAGGGCUGCUUUGCUUCCUUUCUACCUUUCACCCCAAGAUGGCGGCGCCCGUCGGUCCGUUGAAGUUUUGGAAGCCGGGUACAGAAGGGCCAGGUGUCAGCCUUUCAGAGGAGAGACAGAGCGCUGCUGAAAGCGCUGGUGUUUCAGUCAUCUAUAACCCCUAUGUUUCCCUGUCUAUUGAACAACAGAGGCAAAAGUUACCUGUUUUUAAGCUUAGAAAUCACAUCCUUUAUCUGGUAGAAAAUUAUCAGACACUGGUGAUAGUUGGAGAAACAGGAUGUGGGAAAAGCACUCAGAUUCCUCAAUAUCUAACAGAAGCUGGCUGGACUGCCGAAGGGAGAGUGGUGGGAGUAACACAGCCUCGCAGGGUUGCUUGUGUUUCAAUUGCAGGCCGGGUGGCUGAGGAGAGGGGUGCCUUGCUAGGUCAUGAAGUUGGAUACUGCAUACGGUUUGAUGAUUGCACUGACCCACAGGUGACAAGGAUUAAGUUCCUGACUGAUGGGAUGCUAGUGAGAGAAAUGAUGGCUGAUCCAUUACUAACAAGAUACAGUGUCAUCAUGUUGGAUGAAGCCCACGAGAGGACCUUGUAUACAGAUAUUGCCAUUGGCUUGUUAAAAAAGGUUCAAAAGAAACGAGGAGAUCUUCGCUUGAUUGUAGCAUCAGCAACACUGGAUGCAGAGAAAUUUAGGGAUUUCUUUAACCAAAACGAGACCAGUGACCCAAGCAAAGAUACCAGUAUGAUCCUUACUGUGGAAGGGAGAACAUUUCCAGUGGAUGUCUUCUACAUUCAGAGGCGCAGACUUCAGUGGAGGAGGGCUUCGGGAACCUUCCCCCGUCCCCUUCUGCACCGGCCAGCUGGAGCAGACUUCAGACGCGUGCUACGGGGACUCGGUGGAAUCUUCAUGCUUUUCCUCCCCUGGAAUCUUAGUCCUUCCCUUCCCCCUCCACAGAAGGGAUAUGGGCAAACCUGGCAGCACCUUCAUGCCCUCUCUCCUCCUACACAGAAGGAGAUGGACAGUCCUGUUCCAGAUUAUGUGAAAUCAACUGUGGAAACUGUCAUGAAAAUUCAUCAGACAGAAGGCGAUGGGGAUAUACUGGCAUUUUUAACUGGCCAGGAGGAAGUGGAAACAGUUGUUUCUAUGCUAAUAGAACAGGCUCGGGUCCUUGCUCGUACAGGGAUGAAGAAACACCUCCGUGUUCUUCCAAUGUAUGCUGGAUUACCUGCUACUGAGCAGAUGAAAGUGUUUGAGAGGGUUUCUCACAAUGUUAGAAAGGUGAUAGUGGCUACCAAUAUUGCAGAAACAUCUAUCACAAUCAAUGGUAUUUCAUUUGUGAUUGACUGUGGCUUUGUGAAACUCCGUGCAUAUAAUCCAAAAACAGCGAUUGAAUGUCUUGUGGUUGUCCCAAUAUCAAAGGCCUCGGCAAAUCAAAGAGCAGGCCGUGCAGGCCGGAACCGCUCCGGAAAAUGUUACAGACUUUACACAGAGGAAGACUUUGAGAAGUUGCCACAGUCCACUAUUCCUGAGAUGCAGCGCAGUAACCUGGCACCAGUAAUCUUGCAGCUCAAGGCUUUAGGAAUUGACAACGUGCUUAGAUUUCCCUUCCUCUCACCUCCACCUGCUCAGUCAAUGGUGCAAGCUUUGGAACUACUCUAUGCAUUAGGAGGGCUUGAUAAAUAUUGCCGUCUCACUGAACCACUUGGAAUUAGGAUAGCUGAGUUUCCUUUGAAUCCCAUGUUUGCAAAGAUGCUCCUAGAGUCAGGGAAUUUUGGUUGCUCCCAGGAGAUUCUGAGCAUAGCAGCCAUGAUGCAGAUCCAGAAUAUCUUUAUGAUUCCUUCAAACCAAAAGACACAAGCUAUCAGAGAACACAGAAAAUUUGCUGUGGAGGAAGGUGACCAUCUCACUAUGCUUAAUGUCUAUGAAGCCUUUAUAAAACACAACAAGAGUUCUCAGUGGUGUCAGGAUCACUUUCUCAAUUACAAAGGCCUUGUGAGAGCCACAACUGUGAGAGAGCAACUGAAAAAACUUCUUGUCAAGUUCAAAGUACCAAAAAAGUCCAGUGAAGGUGAUCCAGACCCUGUGCUAAGGUGUAUAGUUUCUGGAUUCUUUGCUAACGCAGCCAGAUUUCAUUCUACUGGAGCAUACAGGACUAUUCGUGAUGAUCAUGAACUUCAUAUCCACCCCACCUCGGUGCUGUAUGCAGAGAAACCUCCACGUUGGGUAGUCUACAAUGAAGUCAUACAGACCUCAAAGUAUUACAUGCGAGAUGUUACAGCUAUUGAAUCUGCUUGGCUAUUGGAACUGGCCCCUCACUUUUACCAGCAAGGAACGGUACGGGCACGGCAUAAACUCCAAACGCAUCUUUCUCUGAAAGCCAAAAGAACUAAAGUAGAUGACCACUGACUCGCCGUGGCUGUUGAACUUUGCAGCGUAUGAUGAUGAACCUGCCACCAAUUUGAAACUCUGCUACUGUCCAUCCAACAAUUAGUUGAUUAGCAACCUGACCCCAUAUCAACUAUAAAUAUUGAAAUGCCUGCCUGCCAGGAUCCUGUAGGGAUUUUUGCAUGACCAAUACAUUGUAACACUUAAGUAGAGCUUGCAUUGUGGAUAUUUUUAUCCCACAGUCUAAAUGUGAUGGCCGCUCCUGUUCCCCAGGGCAUUUUGCUCCUUUUGAACUAGGUAGUUUAAAAUUAACAGUAUAAAAGAAAGACAUACAAAACUGUAGGAAAUCUUGCAAUUUGUGGAUGGCAACACUUGAACCCUUUGGGUGGGGAGGGGAAAGAAACGGCACCCUCAGAAUGAGGAAAUGGAGCUCAGGACCCUUUAGACCACUGUGAAAGUUCUUGGUCAUCCUGGACCUGCCUGCAAAUUGUAGGCAGAUUUGGGACCACAAGCAAAGCCUUGAAAUACCUUAAUGGGUUGCAAUGAAAACCUUGAAACUGUGAUUGUGCCUAACUGCUGUGAUUUUUCCUCUUUUUUGCUGUCAAGCAAUAGUUUUCUAAUCUUUUACCAACUUACCUUCAUUUCUCUGUCAGAUUUUUUCUUGUACUUACUCGCUUUUCAGAUAAAUCUGUUUCCAUAAACACAAAAUGUGUUAACUCGCACCAGGUUUCUUCACAAAAUUUAGCUCUUUUAGGAAGGAGUGAAUUGGGCAGGAUGUACAUUACAUUCACAAACAAGAUGGAUGCAAGUCCUUAGUUGCUUGCCUUUUUGUUUCAACAUGAGAAACUUGGGGUCAGUAGCUUGCAUAAUCUGUAUGUAUUUGUUAUUAACAUUUUGAUAUUGUGAAUGUUGAAAAACAUUGUGCUGGGUCUGUGGUCUUGGAAAUGUUGCUUUGAACUGAGGAUCAAAUUGACAGUUACCAAUUUAUUUAUUAUUUUUCAAAUGUAUAAAUCGCUUUACAGCCAGGAAGCCAUUGAAGCAAUAUAUAACAAGAGUAAAAUAAAAUAAAUACUCAAAAGGUGUUGACUUCUCUUGUAGAGAGGAGGAGGACUAUCACCUUUAGCCAGACUCAAGAGGACCAUCUUGCGAGGGAACUCUUCCCCUCCCACAACUCAGGAGGAGGAAAUGGAAGAGGUGCCUCUCACUGGGAAACAGGGCAGUGGCAGAGUUCCUGGCCUUAAGCCAUUUGGGCCUCCACUGGAUGGUCUUGAAGCACUUUCUUCUUAUAUCAGACAAGAAAACGUUCCUUAUCCUGCUGUUGAUGUCACUGCUGUAUAGAAAUUAAAGAUACUUUAUGAAGAGAUGUUGGUCUACUCAUCUCCCUGUGCUUGUUAUCCCUUUUUUUGAGUGGAACCGAUUAGGGACAGUUCAGAACUACACGUUUCCUUUGCUUUCUUCUUGGAUAGUGGUGUAGCUGAUUAGAACAAGUCCGAGAGGUUAACAUUCCCUACACAUAAUGUGUAGAACAGGCCCAUUUUCAGAAAAAGUUCCUGUUGAGAUUUUGAGCUAGUGAAAUCUAUCUGAUGGUGCUGCUUUUCACCUGGUUUAAUAAACUCCAAAGUGUGUUUCCAUGAACCUGAAAAAUUGCAUAUAAUAUAUUCCUCUGUCCAUUUUUACUAAAACGUUAUGAUCUUAGCAGCUAUUAGGACUGCCUUCCUCAAAGGUGAAGGGUGGUCUAUGUAGCAUGCACUGGUUGAAGUGUGCAUUUGCUGCCUUUCCGCAAAAACUCCUUCUGUUGCAUCAGCAGUAUAGUUUCAGAUAAGAAAAUAUUUUCAGAUAACAUUUAUUUUGCAAUGAUGUGAUUUCAGUGUAUGGGUUUGUUUCUAGAACAUUGGCUUUGUUGAAUGCCUUGUUCUCUUUCCCCCUUUUUAAACAAAUGUAUGUAAAUGUUUUUUCUUUACACAGAGUAAGGGUCUUCUUUGCCCUGGAUGUGCAUUAAGAACCACUUUUCAGAUCUUCCUUCCCAUUCUGCUCUCCACAAACCUGCAAAGAAGCUUGUUCUGUCAAUAUAUGUUCCACUCAUUGUCUUUGUGCUGUUCUGUAUAUAUCAGCUUAACAAAAAUUCAUUCCCACCUGUGCAAUUCUGAUGCAACUGGUUUUUGUCUCUCUCUUUCUUAGUAUGUGAAUUCUGUAGAGCUGGGAUUGUCUUUUAUUUUUGUGUACCAUGUGGUAUCUAGAAUAUUGUUUAUGCUCCAUAAUGGGUAUCUGAUUUGCAUCUAAAGUUAUUUUCCCUUUUGAAGGAGCUUACAAAGACCUGGAUACAGAGUGUGUAAAUUUUCAUGUUGCUUUGUCCUCUGGUAACAUACUUUAGGGAGAAAAAUAAAGCUGUGGCAUUAAGAAAUCUGGGAUUGCUGUGCUUCCUAA